CCCUUCAGGCAUAGCGACGCCGCCGCCGCCUCGCCUCCCGCCAUUACCCAGCAGCCCCCGCGAGAGGCCUACAACGCCGCGGCCUCGAUUGGCUUGAGAGGCCGGGAGAGGGAGGCGGGUCCGGCGGCGGCGGCGGCCGUGGCGGGGAUGCGGGGCGGAGCCCAUGGAGGAGUCGGACUAUUUCGGAAGCAGCGCGGCAGAGUGGGGGGACGAAAGUGCGGCGGACGGAGGAGCGCAAGAUGAUGAAUAUGGUGAAGAAGAUGAUGCAGAAGUCCAGCAGGAGUGUUUGCACAAAUUUUCCACCCGAGAUUACAUAAUGGAACCUUCUAUUUUUAAUACUUUAAAAAGGUAUUUCCAGGCCGGUGGCUCUCCAGAGAACGUCAUCCAACUCUUAUCAGAGAACUAUACUGCUGUAGCUCAGACUGUCAAUUUGCUGGCAGAGUGGCUCAUUCAAACAGGUGUUGAACCAAUUCAAGUCCAGGAGACAGUGGAAAACCAUUUAAAAAGCUUGCUCAUUAAACAUUUUGACCCCCGAAAAGCAGACUCCAUUUUCACAGAGGAAGGAGAGACUCCGGCAUGGCUUGAGCAAAUGAUAGCACAUACUACAUGGAGGGACCUCUUUUACAAAUUGGCUGAAGCUCAUCCAGACUGCCUUAUGCUAAAUUUUACUGUCAAGCUUAUCUCCGAUGCUGGGUACCAGGGAGAGAUAACGAGUGUAUCCACAGCAUGCCAGCAGUUGGAAGUCUUUUCUCGAAUUCUGCGCACCUCCCUAGCAACGAUCUUAGACGGUGGAGAAGAAAACCUGGAGAAAAACCUGCCUGAGUUUGCUAAAAUGGUGUGCCACGGAGAACAUACGUACCUCUUUGCCCAAGCAAUGAUGUCCAUAUUAGCCCAGGAAGAACAAGGGGGUUCUGCGGUGCGCAGGAUUGCUCAAGAGGUUCAGCGGUUUGCUCAUGAAAAGGGCCACGAUGCCAGUCAGAUCACUUUAGCUCUGGGAACUGCUGCCUCCUAUCCCCGGGCCUGCCAAGCCCUUGGUGCCAUGCUAUCGAAAGGAGCUCUGAACCCAGCAGACAUCACAGUCCUGUUCAAAAUGUUCACAAGCAUGGAUCCUCCUCCAGUGGAACUGAUUCGCGUGCCUGCUUUCUUGGAUCUCUUCAUGCUGUCACUGUUUAAGCCAGGUGCUAAGAUCAAUCAGGACCACAAGCACAAGUAUAUCCAUAUUCUGGCCUAUGCAGCCAGUGUUGUAGAAACAUGGAAGAAGAACAAGAGAGUGAGCAUAAAUAAAGAUGAGCUGAAGUCCACUUCAAAAGCUGUGGAAACCGUUCAUAAUCUCUGUUGUAACGAGAAUAAAGGAGCUUCUGAACUCGUGGCGGAACUGAGCACCCUUUAUCAGUGUAUCAGGUUUCCCGUAGUGGCUAUGGGGGUGCUGAAAUGGGUCGAUUGGACAGUAUCAGAGCCCCGCUAUUUCCAGCUUCAGACAGAUCAUACUCCAGUGCACCUGGCGCUGUUGGACGAGAUCAGUACGUGCCAUCAACUGCUCCACCCUCUGGUCUUGCAACUCCUUGUCAAACUCUUUGAGACGGAGCACUCUCAGCUUGAUGUCAUGGAGCAGCUGGAGCUCAAAAAAACCCUGCUGGACCGAAUGGUUCACUUACUGAGUCGAGGAUACGUCCUCCCCGUGGUUGGCUACAUCCGCAAAUGUCUCGAGAAGCUGGACACAGACAUCUCUUUGAUCAGAUACUUUGUGACUGAGGUAUUGGAUGUGAUUGCCCCUCCGUAUACCUCUGAUUUCGUGCAGCUUUUCCUCCCAAUACUGGAGAACGACAGCAUUGCAGGCACUAUCAAGACGGAAGGUGAACAUGACCCCGUCACGGAAUUCAUAGCUCAUUGUAAAGCAAACUUCAUCAUGGUCAACUGAACCAAAAAAGAUCCCCAUCAGUCCCGAUUCCACAGACGAUGUGUCUGUCAUCUGAUGCAGUGUAGGAUGAUACACAUGGCAUCCAACCGGAAAGGAAGGAGUUGGUUGGCAAUUCCGGUUGAUUGAGGACUUCACACCGGUGAAAUUAAAGUUUAUUUAUGGAAUUGUUUUUCCCCCGUGACUUCAGAGAAUCCGUUGAACUACCAGCCCUGAGAUCUUAAAACAUUUUUUGUAAAGUAGGGGAAGCAGUAGACUAUUGCAUACUUGUGACUGCAAGAUCUGUGUUUGCAUAGCAAGUGGAAAGUGAGUGAUGCAACAGCUGAAAUAAUUGCUCCUAAGGAUGUUUCCUCUGUGUGUGUGUGGAGGGGGUGGGGGGCGCUUUUAAUCUCUCCACUCCACUGCUUUGCAUGCAUAGGUGAUUUGUGGCUUGAAAAAAUAUUGCGUUAAAAGCUUCUACAGGCUGUUUGAUUCCUAAUCCUACGGCAUCUCGUGACAAAGCUGUCUGAUUUACUGUCCUGUUCAGAAAUGUUUUCUGUGGCUCGGGUAGUGGAAGAGUUAGCUCUAGUCAUCCAGCUAAAUCAACAACUUGGCCAUUAAUUCUAGGUUCCAGAGCAAUUGUGGUAUUCUCUCGGUAGCCGCUGUGUUGCAGGUUCCUUUUUUAAAAAUGUCAACUCCUUCAGCAUAGAUAUUUAUACAUAACCACUAGUUCUCUGGGGGUCCUCUUGAAGAAACACUGUUCUGUUUUGUAUUUAUAUGUUUUUAAAAAUUAACCAUUGUUGGGCGUUUCAGUAUGACAUGAAAAAAAGUCAUUGUUACAGUAUUUGGAAACACAGGACCAAUGUAGCAUUCUGCGGAUGAGUGCUGCCUUCUCACUAGCCAAGUGCAGCAAGGAAUAUGAGUUUUAAUAAAUUUUGGUUUUUUUGGGAAGGAA